GAGAGAGAGAAAGAGAAAAGGAGGACUGGGUCCCUCUCGGGAGCCCACCCACCCAAUUCCCGUCUCGGCCGGUCCGUUUCCCUGCCGCCUCGGGUCCGUUGCACCUGGAUGUCUCCGCUCUUCCUCAGCUGGACACACCUCCCUCCUCCUCCUUCUCCCACCCCUCCCUAAAAGCUGAGCAUCUUCGCCCCCCCCAACACCCCCUCCCCCUGCUGGAGUCUCCCGGGUACGGCGGGGGGGGAGUCCUCCGCGCCCUCGGCUUGAAAAUGCUGGCAGGUGGAUCGGUCCAUCAGAACGGGCUCUUUCCUUCGGCCCCCCAGCAGCCUCAGCAGCCGUCGCCGCCCUCGCUGUCCCAGCCGCCGCAGCCGCAGCCGCCAGGGGGGCCUCAGCCUCAGCAGCCCCCCCAAGCCGCCCCGCAACCCCCCAUGGAUUCGGAUCCCCCCGACUCCAGGAAAAGGCCCUUGGAGACCCCCACCGAAGCCAUCAGCACCAAGAGGAGCAACACGGGAGAAGAUGGCGAGUACUUCCUUAAGGUCCUGAUUCCCAGCUAUGCCGCCGGAUCCAUCAUCGGCAAAGGGGGCCAAACCAUCGUCCAGUUGCAGAAGGAAACCGGAGCCACCAUUAAGCUCUCCAAAUCCAAGGAUUUCUAUCCAGGGACCACGGAGCGGGUAUGCCUGGUGCAAGGAACCGCCGAAGCCCUCAACGCCGUCCACAACUUCAUUGCCGAGAAGGUUCGAGAAAUCCCCCAGUCGGUGGUGAAACCCGAGUCCGUCAAUAUCCUGCAGCCACAGACCACCAUGAACCCCGAUCGAGCCAAGCAGGCCAAAGUGAUCGUCCCAAACAGCACAGCUGGGCUGAUUAUCGGCAAAGGCGGCGCCACCGUCAAAGCCAUCAUGGAACAGUCCGGCGCUUGGGUGCAGCUGAGUCAGAAACCCGAAGGCAUCAACCUCCAGGAACGCGUGGUGACCAUCAGCGGUGAGCCUGAGCAGAUCCACAAGGCCAUCGACAUCAUCGUCCAGAAGAUCCAGGAGGAUCCGCAGAGCAGCAGCUGCCUCAACAUCAGCUACGCCAACAUUACUGGCCCAGUGGCCAACUCUAACCCAACCGGAUCACCCUACGCCAACUCUACAGACGUUCUACCUGCGGCCGCAGCUGCCGCCACCGCUUCAGGCUUGUUGGGCCACACCAGCCUGGCUGGCGUUGGCGCCUUCCCAGCUGCCCUGCCGGGUUUUUCCGGCAGCGACCUCUUGGCCAUCAGCACAGCACUCAACACCUUAGCGAGUUACGGAUACAACACCAAUUCUUUGGGGCUCGGCCUCAAUUCGGCCGCCGCUUCCGGGGUCCUGGCCGCGGUGGCCGCCGGAGCCAACCCAGCGGCUGCGGCCGCUGCUAACCUCUUAGCUUCGUAUGCUAACGAAGCUUCUACGAGUACCACGGCCCCAGCCGGUGCAGUUGGCGCCUUCACCUUGGGCUCUUUAGCGGCGGCCACCGGGGCAGCCAACGGCUACUUAGGGACUGCCUCCCCGUUGGUGGCCAGCUCCUUCCUAGCCACCGAGAAGCUAGUGGAAAGCGCUAAAGAUAUGGUGGAGAUCGCAGUGCCGGAAAACCUAGUAGGUGCCAUUUUGGGCAAAGGCGGGAAGACGUUGGUCGAGUAUCAGGAGCUGACAGGGGCCCGCAUCCAGAUUUCCAAAAAGGGUGAAUUUAUUCCAGGUACCAGGAACCGUAAAGUCACCAUCACCGGCACGCCAGCCGCCACCCAAGCCGCGCAAUAUCUCAUCAGCCAGCGAGUAACGUACGAGCAAGGAGUCCGGGCCACCAACCCACAGAAAGUGGGAUAAGAGGAGGCCAAAGAGAAGGCCUGGGGAGGGGAGGAGGAAUAGGUUCAAUCAGCCCAUUCAUCAUGAAAAAUGGUAACCGCCAUGACCCCGACCCCUGCCCAGUGCCCGUCUCUCUACCACACACACACACACACACACACACACACACACACACACACAGAUACACAGAGCCCCCUCUGAUUGGGAAGCAGCCCAUCAUAUUCUGCCGGACGUUUAUUUCACCAACGGUGUGGCCUGAUUGUGUAUAUAUUUCUCUCUCUCUCGGUCUACAUAUAUAUAUUUAUAUAUAUAUGGCGACGUUUUCUUUUCUUUUUUCAGUUGAUGGAUUUGAAUAGAGAAACAAAAAAAGAUUUUUUAAAAAAGAAAA